UUACCUACCAACGCCGAAGUACCCUAUUCCUCCAUCUCUCUCUCAUAUUUACUUCCAAGAAACUUCUGCGAUGCUGUGAUGGGUUUUCUUUUAGUAGUCUGUAUUAUAUAGCAUAGCUGACUGCAGCGAUUCUGCAUUAACUGCAUAGCUGUUGAAGGCAGAAACUCACUUUGGGACGAUCCACUUCUAUGGCAACUCCCCAUUCACCGCGUCCUUUUGGGCCGAGGCGAUAUACUUAUGAAGAGCUAGCAGAGGCAGCUCAUCAUUUUUCCAACAGGUUCCUCCUUGGCGAGGGUGGUUUUGGUCAAGUUUAUGAGGGAUCCCUAAACGGCGAGACGUUUGCUAUUAAGAAACUUAGAAUUGUUCCAGAUCAAGAGACGAAGGAAGAAUUGGAGAGGGAGAUCAGGUUCAUUAGCCAUGUGAGUCAUCUAAAUCUUGUUAAGCUGGUUGGUUAUUGCAUGGAAGGAGCCAAUGGAUUGCUUGUUUUAGAGUAUUUUCCCAACAGAUCCUUGAAAGUUAAUUUACAUGAAAGGGAUGUUUUGGAUUGGCCCAAGAGAAUGAAAAUAGCUAUAGGCACAGCUAGAGGAUUGGAAUAUCUCCAUGAAUAUUGCAAACCUAAAAUCAUCCAUCAAGAUAUCAAACCAGAUAAUAUCCUUAUUGAUAGUAACUUUGAACCAAAGAUUGCAGAUUUUGGACUUGCCUUAAGAUUUCCGGAUUCUGUUUCUCAUAUUUCCAGGUCUAUUAUGGGAACUGAAGUUUAUGCAGAUCCAGAGGAUUGUAAAAGAGUUUCUGAUAAAUCAGAUGUUUAUUCCUUUGGUAUUGUACUUUUAGAACUAAUUACAGGAAGAAAAUCCAAAUAUCAAGACAUUGACAUCGUCAAAUGGGCAAAAAAUCGAAUUAAGGAAGCUUUGGAAGAUGAAUAUAAGGGUUUUGUUGAUUCCAAAUUGCAAAUGUAUGAUAAAGAGCAAAUGAAGAGAAUGAUUAAUUGCGCUGCAAUUUGUGUAUACAAUCGUCCACAAUUUCGCCCAUCAAUUAAAAAGAUUGUCCUAGCUCUUGAAGGACAUAUGCCUUUGAAGAAUUUAUGGGACGGAAAUAAUGACGACGAAUUGCCACGCAUUAAAGAAAUUUCAUCGAGUGGCACUGAGAGAUUUCAAAGGAUAUUUACUUAUGAGCAACUAACAGCCGUGACUGAAGGUUUCUCCGGAAAAAACCUUCUCGUCAAAGGAAAACAAUAUCAAGUUUAUAAGGGAUAUCUAAAUGGUGAAGCUGUAACAGUUAAGAAAUUCACAUAUUCACCUGAAAAGAAAGAAGAGAUGUUUGAGCAUAUCAAAUCCAUUAGCAGUAGCGUCCAUCACAACAAUCUUGUUAACAUGCUUGGAUUCUGCCAUGAAGGACCCCAUAGACUACUUGUUUAUGAGUUUGUUUCAGAGGACAAAUCCUUGGGAUCUCAUUUACAUGGAAAUGUGAAACCAGCUCUUGAUUGGCCCACCAGAAUGGAAGUUGCCUUGCGCAUCGCGAGAGGAAUGAUAGAUCUGCAUGAACUAUACAAACCUUUGAAUAUAUUCGAGCAAUACAAGGAUGAAGAUAUCUUUCUCGACAGGAAUUUUCAACCGAAGUUUACAGAGUAUGGACGUGGCGGAUUUGUCUCAGGAACUUUUGGCUACUGUUCGACAUUGAAAUAUGCUAAGGUAGAUGUUUAUUUUUUUGGUGAAAUUCUUAUGGAGCUAAUCACUGGGGAACCAUCCAGUGAUCAUGAUGGUGUUAAAAUUGCUGAAUGGGCGCAGCCUGUGAUCGGAAUGUCUUUGUUCCGUAAGGAUUAUAGUUUUAUUGAUGAGAAAUUAAAGGAAAAGUUGAAUGAAAAUGAAUUGAUUCGAAUGAGUAGAUGUGCUUUAGCCUGCGUACAUUGUUAUCCAGACCAUCGACCACAAAUGAGCCAGGUAGUGGAAGUUUUAGCAGGAAAUGCUCUCCCAGACACGCUGAAGUGAGAUAUAAAACAAACCUGGGGAUUGUCAGCUACUUUGUCGGCUUAUACUCUUAGGUUGUCUUAAGCUUCUUGUCAAGAAUUUUCUUUCACAUAGAGUUAUUGUUAUUCUUUUAAUUAAUGGAAUAAAGUGCUGGGUCCAACCCAGUAAAACAAA